ACAAUCUUUUAUUCCUUAUCUUUUUAAUCUUAAAAAGCUAAAAAAAAAUUAGAUAAAGUUAAAACUGUCAUCAGAUACGUGAUGUUUGAUCAAAAGUUUGAUAAAAUUCUAAUCUCUAAUCUAUGCGCACAUUUAUGGGUGAAUUAAUUUAAAAUCAACUCAUUUUCAAAAACAUUAGACUCCAACUUGUUUUAUGAGACGUUUACGAAAAGUCAGUAAAAUGAAAUUCUCAAAGAUAAGAUUCACCUCGUAGUAGUAAUGUAAUUCAUUCAUUCACAAUUUAUAGAUAAGAUAUCAGGCGGCGGAACGUGUAUGUUCGGUUUAAAAAUGGCAGAGAGAAUUUCCUAUGCUGAAAAUCGUCAAUUGCGGUUUUCUACGGUGAAUUUCCUGCUGUUUGCUUACACGUCCUUCGUGGAAGGUGACGAUCAACGUCAGGAAAAAGGAUCGGGCGUCUGCUGAGAGCGGGGAACUUGCUAAUAAAAAUCAUUGGAAUUAUCAUUGGAGCCUGUUUGACUGUUCCUUAUUCCACCCCCACUCGCAUAUAUCAACAGAGAAGCGAGAGUAGAAAUAUAAACACCACGUAGAUCGUAUCGUGAUUCGUUGAUUUCAAUCGCGACGGCCGUUCGGAUCGUUUCAAAUAAGCGUUGAAAGUGCUCGCUCAAACUGAAAGUGCUUUUAGAGGGAUAUCGCGAGGAUGUUUCUGAUGCAAUCAACGAUUUUCACCGUAUUUCUCAGCAGCCUCGCCGUAUCGGCCGAUUCCGAUGUGGAACUACAACUGCUUCACGUGGUAUUUCGCCACGGUGACAAAGUGCCCCAUCGAGAGUUCCAAAACUACCCCAAUGAUCCGCAUCGCAAUCACUCUUACUACCCGAUGGGCAACGGCGACUUGACCAAUCAAGGUAAGAUGCGAGAGUAUAAAAUUGGGACGAUGCUGCGCGAGAGGUACGAUCAAUAUUUCGGACCGGAUUAUUGGCCAGCCAAGAUCUAUGCCCAAUCGACGGACGUCCCACGGACCCAACUGUCUCUCCAGUUAGUACUGGCGGGAUUAUUCCCGCCCUCCGAGAAGCAAACCUGGAAUCCGCACUUGCCCUGGAUUCCGACAUGGAUGUUCUUCGUGCCGUACAAGACUGACAACCUCUUGUUUCCGCAUUACUGCUAUCGAUACAUAGAAGAAUAUCAACGAUUCCUUCAGAAGGAUAGUGUAAAAGAAAUGAUCGCCAAGUACAAGAAUGUAAUGGAUUAUUUGACGGAUCAUAGUGGUAAAUUAAUUAACGCUACGGAUCCAGUCAGUCACUUGUAUAAUCUAUUGAAAGAGGAGGCUGAGCAAAAUUUGACGCUGCCAAAGUGGACUCAGAAUGUUUUCCCGAGUCCGAUGAAAGAAAUAUUAGAGUUGGACUUUAAACUUCGAUCAUACACAAAAACCUUGAAGAGAUUAAACGGAGGCAAGCUGCUUCGGAAAAUGGUGUAUGACAUUCAGGAACACCAGGCGGGAAAAUUACUACGUGACAGAAAAGCUUUUCUAUUUAGCGCUCACGAAGUCAAUAUAGCUGCUCUUGCCUACGCUUUAGGAACGAAUGAACCAACGGCACCAGCUUAUGGAGCCACGUUCAUUUUCGAGACACAUCGUGACAAAAAGGGAAUUUAUUAUAUUCGGGUCUUACUAUGGACUGGCGUUACGGAACAAUUGAAGAUACAGACAAUCCCAGGCUGUGCGGAGAUGUGUCCCUUUGAGGAUUUCCUCGGCAUUGUAAAGGACAUUUUACCGAGUGACGACGAGUACUACUGCCGGAAUAAAACGGAGGAGCUUAAGAUGAACCCGCAUCAUCGAUCGUCGGCGACGUGUAUCGCCGACGAUGGAUCUUGGUACAUCUUACUCAUCGUUUUCCUCACGUUUGCAUCAAAAUUCGUGCAAAAGUGAUUCCUUACCAAUGCUAAAAUUCUAGGUAUUUAUUCUUUUCUUUUUUUGUAGAAAAAGAUAAAAGCAAAGCUAUACGUGACUUUAAGUUAAAAGGAAAUAGUUGCGAAAAUAAUCGACGCAGCACGCGUUCUCUGAUCGAUACCUGUAUCGGAAAUACUUCGCCAAACUAUGAGUGUUCGGGAAACCCCGACGAGGUUGCGGCCGUACGUUUCGCUCCAUGUGCUGCGGUUAUCGCGCUGAUGCAUUUUACUGCAUGCGUUGUUACAUUGUCGCGUUAUGCACGGACCACUGUACAUAUUGUAAAUAGUUAUUAGUGUAUCGAUUUAAUAGUAGCAGCGAUAUCGUAAUCAUACUUCUCGCAAACAAACUUCUCUCACUUGUAGACGCGUACUGUCGAGAACGUGGGUCUCCUAAAAUCGAUGUGAGACUAGUUUAAACAUUCAUAAACGCCCGUAAUUAAAUGUCAUCGAUAAAAAUAACCUGCGAUAUAUAAUAUUUUUCACUGCUAUUUGAACUUCUAGAAAGUACACACUUUACUAUUAUAUCAAUAUUAGUACUUAUUUUUCAAGUAAUAUUGUAAAAUAUUGUAAAAAUAAUAUGAUGUAUUAAAUGAUAUUUAUGAUUAUGCAUAAAGAUCGACGACCUAAGUAUUAGUAAAUCGACGAGAGAUUUUCAAACAUGUUCUCUUUCAUCUUUAUAUAUUCGUAGAUACGUACAUAUAUACACUUUACAGUCUAUCACGUAACAAAAAAGAUGUAGGUUUUCCUUCACAUAUUAAAUAUGUAGUAAAAUUUUUAUAAAGAUCUGGCAACAGAAUGGUACAGAAUGUGACCCGCAAAUGUGAAAAAUAAAUGGCAGUUUGAAAA